AUGGCAGACCCUGCAGCCUGCAGUCCAACGAUGCCGCCCAACCAGAUGUCGGGAACGAGGAGACGCAGCAGUGGCAUCCCGGUACCAUCGCCUCGGACGCCAACGGCACCGAACCCUCCAGGCCCACCCCAAUCGGUGCUCAGUGAAGGUCAGCAGCCGCGCCGGGAUGGAGAGAUGCUUUUCGUCUCCUUCCCGGCUCCACACGUCUUCAAGUGCCCAGAGGAAGGCUGCUCAGCUGCUUACACUGCGGCUGCCUGGACUGCAAAACGACAAUCCCUACAGCGGCACCUUGAGGGAGACCACGGCAUGCGGAUUCGCCGCACGGUCAACCUCUGCACCUUAUGUGGGGCUACGCUGGGGACAAGGCCGACAUCACACCCAUGCCUGGCGAAUGGCAGAGCAGCUGCUCAAGCCACUCAGCAGCGGUACCAGUGCAACAAGUGUCCACAGUCCUUCCCCUCCAGGAAAGGGCUACACAACCACUUGCAGUGGCACGGCAAAGAGGAGGCGAAGCAACUGCGAGCAGCCAGCUCCCAGGCAAGCACCACCCCCACGGAAGAGGCGCAGCAACCGCCUGCAACACCAGCUGCCUCGGCAGUAAGCAGCGAGCCUGGGGAGCUCGACCAACAACCUCCGCCAUGUACCAGCCCAGUACAUGGUGCCGACUCGGAGCAGAGCCGCCGGCUUGCCACCCCCACCCCCGAGGACCAGAGCACCAAAGGCACCCUCGCAAGCAGCCCCAUCAUUCAGGCGACAGGCGAGACCCCUUCUGCUCUGGCAGAAAGCCCUUCAGCCAGCUCCCAGGCAAGCACUACCCCCAUGGAAGAGGCGCAACAACCACCUGCAACGCCAGCUGCCUCGCCAGUAAGCGGCGAGCCUAAGACGCUCGAGCAACAACCUCUGCCAUGCACCAGUCCAGUGCGUGGGGACGGCUCGGAGGAGAGUCGCCUGCUCGGCACCCCCACCCCCGAGGACUACAACACCAGAGCCACCCUCGCGAGCACCCCCAUCACCCAGGCGACAGGCGAGACCCCCUCUACCCUGGCGGAAAGUCCGAUGGACGCGAUGGCCACUCCAUCUCGCCUGUUCACCCAGGACUGUCCCAGCCAAGGAGGGAGCCUGCAGAACAGCGACCAGCAGGAGGACACCGUGGAGACUGCACCUGCCAAACUAGAAGAUGACAGCUCAGUGCUCGCCGAGCACACCAAAAAACUCCGGCGACUAUUGACAAGGGCCCCUAAUGCAGACAACUGGGCCGAGUUCGGGAGCAUCCUGGACGAUGCCAUCAGCGUGAUAGCCACCACAGUGAAAUUGCCUGAUGCCACUGCUGACGGACGACCGCGGCGAGAGGUCAACCCGCAGAACGCCCAGCAAAUCCAGUCUCUCUACCGCCGCAACCGCCGCCGUGCGGUACGACUGAUUGCGGAGGGCCCCUCAACACUGUGCCCCAUCCCACCAGACGAACUAGAGGCGUAUUUCAGCACCGUCUGGGCACCAAAGCAGGCCGACACGACGCUUCUAACACGGCGGAUGCCUGCCCCUGGUGAGCUGAGCCUGGCGGCAUUCACGGAGGAUGAGGUGGCGGCGCGGCUGCGGCGGUGUGAGAACACUGCUCCUGGUGGCGACCGGCUCACCUACCACCACUGGAGGACCGUGGACCCGGAGGGGAGCUUCCUAGCGGCUGUCUUCAACUGUUGCCUACGACACCGGCGAGUUCCUGCAUGCUGGAAGGCGUCCCGUACGGUGCUCAUCCACAAGAAAGGCGAGAAGAGGGACCCCACAAACUGGCGCCCCAUAUCCCUUGGUAACACGAUUGCCAAACUGUAUGCUGGAUGCCUGGCAUCCCGGCUGCAGGGGUGGUUGUGCGAUCACGGGAUCCUGUCGCAAUGCCAAAAGGGGUUCCUGCCGCACGACGGUGUGUUCGAACACAACUUCGUGCUGCAGGAGCGCCUUGACGCGGCGCGAACAGGUGGUGGUGACCUGUGCGUGGCGUUCCUCGACUACGCCAACGCCUUCGGGUCAGUGGCCCACAACGCACUCGUCGACUCGGUUCGAGGUGCGGGCACUGGGGACGCCUUCGCCAGCAUCAUCCAGGACCUGUACGAGGACAACACGACGGCCAUCAUCAGCGAGGGAGGCACAACAGAGCCGGUCGCCAUCAAAGCAGGGAUCCGGCAGGGCUGCCCACUCAGCGGGCUCCUUUUCAACCUCGUACUAGACCCAGUGAUCCGGGCGGUGCAGGGAGGCCAACGGCAACACAAGAUCCUGGCCUACGCCGACGACCUCACCCCCAUGGGAGGCAGCCCUGCCGAGCUGCAAACAAGGAUCAACGUCGUCACCGCGCUGUCCUCCGGGCUCGGGCUCCAGCUGAACCCAUCUAAGUGUCGGACCCUUCACCUGACGGGGCGGCAGCCUGUGGGCACGAGGCCUACAACAUUCUGCAUCGGGGAAGCAGAAAUCCCCCACAUGACCGACUUCGAGGCGCACACUUUCCUGGGCCGCCCCGUGGGCUACAGGGUCCUGCCCGACACCGCCUGCGUGGACGACGCGAUCGCCCUGGGGAGAUGCCUGCUGUCCUCAAUGCUGGCUCCCUGGCAGAGGCUGGACGCCAUAAAAACAUUCCUCUACCCGGCCCUGAACUUCGCCAUGCGAGUUGGGGCUGUGGGAAAGGAAGAAUGGCGCCGCCUGGACGACACCCUGCGACCCCUCAUCAAACGAACGCUGUACCUGCCAGCAAACUCCUCAAACAAGUACCUCUACGGGAGUGCAGGUGCAGGAGUCGCAGGGAUCCCGGAAGCAGCCGACAUAAGCGACGCGUGCCGCAUUGAUGGUGCGUUCAAGCUGCUCUCGUCGCCAGACAGCGAGGUACGUGACCUGGCACUGCAGGCGGUGACCAGGGUGACGGAGAAGCGGCUCAGGAGACCAGUUGCAGCAGAAGACGUGGCGGCCUACCUAUCCGGAGACACCGAAGGCGACUUCAGAGCAACGUCAACGCAGCUCCAGUCGGUGUGGACAGAGGCCCGCAAAGCCUCCCGACGCGCCGGCGUGACCUGGGAGCUGGUGCCUGAAGGAGCCAGGAUCGCCUGUGGGGGAACUACCAUCUCCCCCAAGCAUCGCCACAAGGUGAUCCGGACACUCCGAGGCAUCUCGACAGCAGCAAACGACAGAGCGCUGCACCAACAACCCAGCCAGGGAAAGGCGAUGGAGUGUGUCGCCGCUGAUCGCGCCAGCUCUCACUUCAUGCGGUCAGGGCGAUACACCCGUUUCACCGACUGGCGGUUCAUCCACCGGGCACGUCUCAACCUGCUGCCACUCAACGGAGCGCGUCCAUGGGCCUCGGCCGUCGACCAACGUUGCAGGGCGUGUGGCUACCAGCAAGAAACCUUGCCACACGUCGUCUGCCACUGCAUGGUCCAGAGCCAGGCCCUGACGCGGCGUCACAACAACAUCGUGAACCGCAUCAAGGCAGCAGCAACGCCCAAGUUCACGGUGACGCACGAAAACCAGCCGGUCGGGGAGUCAAGCCUGCGUCCAGACCUGGUGCUGGCGAGGGGUGAGGAGGCCAUCAUCAUUGACGUCACCUGCCCCUUUGACAACAGACGUGCAGCGCUGCUGGAGGCGCGGCAACAGAAAAUUGAGAAGUAUGAGGCCAUCAAGCAGUACCUGUGCCGCCGCUACCAGCGCGUGACUGUUGCUGCCGUGAUCGUGGGUGCGUUAGGGUCCUGGGACCCAGACAAUGAUGCCACCCUCAGGAGACUAUGCAGCAGGUCAUAUUUACGACUAAUGAAGAAACUCAUUGUGAGUGAGACGAUAGCAAGCUCCAGGGACAUAUAUGCUAGCCACAUUGCUGGGAAGCGCCUUUAG